UGCAAAGACUGGACAGCGCAUUUAACAUUCCUCCUGUUCCUCCUCUUUCCCUCCUCAUCUGAAUCACUCGAUUCGUAUAAUACAUUAAUACAUAAAGCCAUAUCACAUCAUGGCACGAUUUGAUCUUAAUAACCUACCCGAACAUGAGGAGGAUAUCGAUUUCUCUGAUAUUGAGGAAAGAUUCCAGCUCUCAUUCGAAGAGGGCUUCAACAACGUCGUCGUUGUUGACAACAUCCCACUCGUCGAUGAGACAAAAGAGGAGAAGCUGAUUCAGUUUUUGCGCAAGAUCUUUAAGAAUGUUGGCGAGAUCAGAGAUAAUCACUUUGUCAUGCCUAAGGCUGUCAAUGAAAAGGGCAAGCUUAUGAGCAAGGGAUUCAUGUUUAUUGAGUUCGAGACUGACGAACAGGCUUCUCUUGCUGUCAAAUUAAUCGACGGAUUCAAGAUGGACAAAUCCCACACUCUUGCUGUCAACCGCUUUACUGAUGUUGAAAAAUACACGAAUGUUGAGGAAGAGUUUGUGCCUCCACCAGAAGAAGAGUUUGUUGAGAAGGAGCACCUCAAGUCCUGGUUGGCAGAUCCACUUGGACGUGAUCAGAUGGUCAUUUACCGCCACAAUGAUGUUCAGGUUCUUUGGAACAUGCAAAAGGAGCAGCCCCAGGUCGCUCACAGUAAAUCGAAUUGGACCGAGACCUAUGUCCAAUGGUCCCCACUUGGAUCCUAUCUCACUACUCUCCAUGCCCCUGGUGUUGCUCUUUGGGGAGGCGAGUCCUGGAAGAAGAUUAUUCGCUUCAAUCAUCCUGGUGUUAAGCUUAUUGAUUAUUCCCCUAAUGAACGCUACCUUGUUACCUGGAGCAACGAGCCCAUUGUUGUGCCUGAGGAAAACUAUGAUGGUCCAUUCGGCCCUGAAGAUGAGGGUAACCAGAUUGUAAUUUGGGAUGUCAAGUCUGGCGCACUCCUCCGUUCCUUCCCCUCCAUUGGACCUCAGGGUCCCAACAGCCGCCCUGCUGUCUCAUGGCCUGUCUUUAAGUGGUCGCCCAGCGAGCGUUACUUUGCCCGCAUCACUCCUGGGUCCCAGAUCUCUGUCUAUGAAGCCCCUAGCAUGGGUCUUUUGAACAAGAAGAGUAUCAAGGUUGAUGGCGUUGUCGAUUUUGAAUGGGCUCCUUCUGCUGGAGCUGACAAGUCUGGUAAGCUUAGGGAUGACAUGCUCGCUUACUGGACUCCCGAAGUUGAUAACCAGCCUGCUCGUGUCACACUUUUGAACAUCCCCAGUCAGGAAAUUGUGCGCACCAAGAACUUGUUCAACGUCACGGACUGUAAGCUUCAUUGGCAGAAUCAGGGUGAUUUCCUUUGUGUCAAAGUUGAUCGCCAUACCAAGAAUAAGAAGGUCACCUUCUCUAACUUGGAGAUUUUCCGAGUUCGUGAGAAGGACAUUCCAGUUGAAGUUGUUGAGGUGAAGGAAUCCAUCUUGGCCUUCGCCUGGGAGCCAAAGGGAGAGCGCUUCGCCAUCAUCACUACCAGUGAUCCUAACUUUACGUCCGCUACCCCUGGAUCUACCACACUGAAGACCUCGGCCAGCUUCUACUAUUUGGACAAGGGUAAGGGCAAGGACACACUUCAGUCAUUCAAGGUUAUCAAGACUUUGACUGGCAAGUCAUGCAACACUAUCUUUUGGUCACCUAAGGGCCGUAAUGUUGUUUUGGCAACCCUCCGCUCGCAGACUGUGUGGGACCUCGAGUUUUAUGAUCUUGAUUUUGAACCUCUGGAGUCUGCUGCUGCCAAGGUGCCUACUGGAGGUGAAAAGGACCCUGCUGCAUACUUGCAGCUUCUGGCUUCGGGUGAGCAUUAUGGUGUGACAGAUAUUGAGUGGGAUCCUUCGGGUCGUUUUGUUGCUACGAGUGCCUCGGUUUGGAGACACACGAUGGAGAACGGAUAUCAGCUCUGGGACUUCAAGGGUCAAUUGUUGUUUAAAGAGACGCUCGAGAAGUUUAAACAGCUCUUGUGGCGCCCUAGGCCCAAGACUUUGUUGUCGAAGGAGCAGAUCAAGAACAUUCGCAAGAAUUUGCGUGAAUACAGUGCACGCUUCGAUGAACAAGACAUGGAGUCAUCGUCUCAGGUAUCAAGUGCUGAACGUCAGCGUCGCCGCCGACUGAUAGAGGAGUGGGCUAACUGGCGCAAGCACGUUGAGGCAGAGCUCUCACAAGAGCAAUCAGCAGCAGGUCAACAGGCAUCUGCUGUCAAUGCUGAAGAUGAAGAAGCUGAGGAAGUGGAUGAGUGGAUCGAGACAGUUAUUGAUGAGAAAGAGGAAAUUGUUGCCUAAACAAAAGGACCAAGAUUGGGCAUCUGAAGAAGAAAAAUGAAUAUCAUCGAAUAGUAAUUAAAGUAACAAAG